GGGAACCAUUGAAGGUGUUUGAUAGCCAACAGAAUCGUGCUGAAGAUGAAGAACUUGUCCUGUUUGCUGGUGUUGCUGUUCUGUGGUCUGUCUGCUGCUCAGGAAGACCAAGAGUCGACACAGCUUCCCUCCUCAACCUUGGAAGACAGGCUGAAACUUCUAGAAAGCCAAGUUGAUCAUCUCCGAAAGAAAGAGAGAACACAGGUCAUCUUCUCUGCUGCAGCAGGAGGAACUGGAACAAUUGGUCCUUUCAAUGUUGACACCACAAUGAUUUACAAAACCGUCAUCACUAACAUUGGCAAUGCCUACAAUUCAAAUACAGGAGUCUUUACCGCCCCAAUGAAAGGGGUGUACUAUUUCUGCUACUUCUAUCAUGCAGGAGGCGAAGAGGGAGUAGUGUUAUUACUGCUCAAGAAUGGAAAACGAAUCGUCACCACGUCGGAUCACAAAGCUGAGGAUAAGGCCGACAACGGGGGCAACGCAGUGACCCUGGAGCUGAACGAGGGGGACCCGGUCUAUGUGAUCAUGCGCUCUCAAACUCACGUUUGGGGGGAUGACUUUGGUCAUACCACUUUCAGUGGCUUCCUCCUCAGUGCUGACUAGGAUACAGCUGUUUGUUUAUUUCAGAAUGCAUAAACUUCUUGCCUAACUGACAAUCAUGCAUCUUUUAAAGAAUAAAGUCUCCAUACAAAUACA